GGAAACUAUGAAGAAAAUUUCAAUUCAUAAGUCGACCUGAGAUACUACUAAAGAUUUUUUCGUACUGAUUAAAUUCUAUGCUAAAAUUAUGCUAUGACUGAUAGUGAGUAUCUAAUAUAGCAAGCCACUUGAGCGAGACCAAAGCAAUCAAUUAAAAAUUCCCUUAUCAUACAGUGUGCAAUGAUGGGGUCACAAUGCUAGUAACAUGAAACGCUAUACCAAGAAUGGAUGUAAUACUAUCCCUAAAUGAAAUAUCCUUUGUGACUUUUGAUUCAUUCAGUUCAAAACAUGCUAGGUAUGUCAUUAUAAAGGAGUGCUGGACCAGAACACUGUUGUUUGGAGUCGAGCUGUUGAAUAAGGCAAUUCGUUUGCUCUUCUAAUAGUGGUUAAAUUUUGGCUAGAAAACAACUGGAGCAACUGUUCUUUGAGGUUGAAGUCUUUACAGCACUGUAAACAAGUCGAAGAGUUUAGUUUGGUGUGACGAUAAACGAACGUAACAUUUACCAAAUUUAUUGAAGUCGUCGAAUUUGCACAACAUGUCACGCUACAAGACCUCUUCUUACCAAACUUCUUCUUUUGGAAGUUCAUUGGGCAAGUCAUCGUUUGGUAGCAGUAGUAAGUUUGGUUCAACUACUACCAAGACGUCCUCAAACUCUGGAGGUAAAGGAACCUUUUCCAUGACCUUUGGAGACAAUGAACUGAAGAAGUCCAAGAAAACUACACAUACCUCGACAGAUGGUUCAACGAAGAGCGGUGGAAAUGAAAAUAUUCUUAAAUCGACUCGAAUAAACAUUGACCAAGAGAAAAUGCCCGACUUUGCAAUAGCUAGACCGAGAAUUUUGCCAGUCCUGAAGCCACAAACCUGGGAGAAGUCUACCAAGGACAUGUUGAGGAAGAUUGACCCUAAAAAGCCUUCAGAUGUUCUGUACUUCCCUGUUAAAACCCUCCCAGGAACAACACUUGGGUAUACCCUAGCCAUUGUCAACGAAGAGGGCUCACUUCACUACAUCCUACGUAGCUAUCUCGACGCCUGGAAUAUCCCAGAGAAAGUACUUAUGGAUGUUGCUAUUAGAAACCUUGAGCAUCGCCUUGAAAACCGUGCCUCAAAGCUAUGGAAGCAUAGCAAAGCUGGUGUUUAUUACCUUGAUAAUCUAGGAUCGGUAUCUGCAUCUGUCAUCCUGUUGCCCCAGUUUCUUGAUGGCUUAGAUGUGGAAGAAGGAGAGCUGGUGAUUGUAGUCCCUACUGGCGACAUCUGCAUGGUUGGUGGGUCCAAGAGCGAGACACAGUUGUGUAUAAUGGGUGAGAUCGCUUUACGCUACUCUAAAGAUCCCCAGCGCUUUAACAUCAAGCCUCUGAGGUUUUCCAAGAACAGAUUUCACGAGUAUUCGCCAAAGAUGUACGCAAAGGAACACGAUGUUCCUCAGACCCUGGAAGAAGUCAGGACAAUUAGGUYGAGACUAAAGCCGCUCAAAAGCCGACAAAAAUAACACUGGCCAUUGAAACAGAGAUCUUGGGAAAGCAUAACAAAUUUUAUUACCAGAUAAAAUACAUAAAGCUUAGAUGAUAGAGGUAAUGUCAAGAUUUGGUGAGUUAAGAGUUAGGGGUUAGUAAAAAUAGUAGAGGAUAACGGAACUUGUUUUGAUGACUCGAGCCAUCAUGUGUGACGAGUGACUGACUCUUUUAUCAACAAGGUUAAUUAAUGCAAGUCUAAUAAUAAAUUCACUUUAAGUAAACAUCCUUUGUCCGUCCGUAUAAUAAAGGAUUUAAAAAAUGAACUGA